AUGUACCAAGUCACGGAAGUCUGGGUGGCGAAUCCAUCGGGCGUCCGAAUGGCCCAGUGGAAAGAGCCAGAGUCCAUAGCCGGCUUCGUCCAACUCGAAUUCGAACUCUCCCAGGAGCCACUUCUGGGAAACUGGACGAUCAUGAUGGACGCGAGGGGGAGAAGUUUGAUAAAGGAGAAAGAAUUCGAGGUCGCCGAGUACGUUCUCCCCAAGUAUUCCGUGAACAUCCAGACGCCGAAGGUCUUAUUUGGGGAUGCAUCCACCUUGGAUCUGAAAAUUUGCGUCAGAUACACCCACGGCGGAGCGGUGGAAGGCGAGCUGUCGCUCAAGGUGGAACCGAAGAUCUCCAUAUUCGACGAAUUCCGGGACAAAUAUCCCGCAUUGGUGAAGGAAUUCGCCAUCGAUCUGAACAAAUACGCGCCUGUUUUCAAGCUGCAGGUGAAUGGCUGCCACAAGGAAAGCAUUCCGACGGAGGCCCUAGGCAUGGACAACAAGGUGCUGGCUCCGCGAUAUAUUACCAUCACGGCCACAGUGAAGGAGAAGGGGACGGGGAUCGAAUUCACGAAAUCCACAAUCCUCCACGUCGAAAGAAAUCCCUUGGAAUUCGACCUGGACGCCUCCCCCCAAAAUUUUAAGCCUGGCUUCGUCUACAACGGCCUAGUGAAGGUGAAGGACAAGAGCGGGUCGCCUUUCCGAGGCCAAAAGAUCCAGAUCUGCAAACUCCCGUCCUACCGGUCGGAGGAGGAACGGAUGAGACGCUGCCGGAAUUUCACUACCGACUCCAAGGGCCUCGUCCGGUUCCAGAUUCCUCCGCUGGUCCCAGAGGAAUCCUACUUCAGUAUCGAGGUCACAGCUCCCGGGUUGGAGAAAAACUUCCCGAAGAACCAAGAAGAAGAAACUUCCUAUUGGGGGAAGCAGGUCCACUCGGACGACGCUUACAAGACGGUGAGCGGUUGGUACUCGCCGUCCAAGGAGUACAUCCAUAUCCUCCAUCCAGUAGGCCAGGGGGGCCCGGGGGGGAAAGGGGGUCCAGGGGGCCAGGUGGGCCAGGCGCGCUGCUGGGAGACGCUCCGCUUCGACCUCCUCUACUCCACGUCGACGCCUGAAGCCGAGCAACGCAUUCACUACCAGGUGAUUGCCCGGGGGGAUGUCCUGGUCUCGAAGGCCUUCGAUCACAAGUCGGACGAGGAGGAAGAGGAGUCCGGUGACCCGGAGCUGCUGGUCUACCAGUCGGACAAGAAGGCUCCGAUACCGAAGCACCUGAGCAAGGCCUCGGUGGAGAUCCAGGUGACGCCCGAGAUGGCACCCGAGAGCAAACUGGUGGUCUUCUACUUCAGGCCCGACGGGGAGGUGGUGUCCGAUCACCUCACUUUCCGGGUGGAUAAGUGCCUCUCCAACAAGGUGGAACUGAAAUGGAAAGAGGAAGAAGUGGGGCCUGGAUCGAAGGUUGGGCUGAAGGUGAAGGCCGAGCCGGAGUCGGUCUGUGGGUUGAGGGUGGUGGACAAGAGCGUGGACCUUCUCAGACCGGGGCAUCAGCUGAAUCUGGAAAAAGUAUUCGAGGCGCUGGAGCGCUUCCAGAUCUAUGGCUACGAGUUCCCCAGUCAGAGCACGGACAAGGACUUCUGCCUCAGCCAUCGGCCCUCGAAAAAAGAUCGUGGAGAGACCCGCCUGCGAAUUGAGAUUUCCCUGAAUUACCUCGACAGUUUCCUUUUCCAUGCAGAUGAGGAUCGAGACCCGAUAGAUGGCUUUAAAAGUUAUGAUUUCCGCAGUCAUGCCCUUACGUCCUUCGAUCGUUCGGGGCUUUUGGUGCUAUCCGACCUGAGAGUUUACACCCUUCCCUGCCCUACCGACGCGGGACUAACAUCAACAGAAGUCAGAUACACUACAACAACAGCACCUGCGCCGUUUGCGGAUUCUCCGCCGUUUGCGGAUUCUCCGCCGACAUACGCAUUGGUUGCCAAGCAUACGCAUGAAUUGGAUGGAGACACGUGGGAGCUGGCGUUCAACAAUGAGAUCCUUCCCGUGGAGCUUCGCGACUACUUCCCAGAGACGUGGCUGUGGUCCCUCGAGACCGUCGGGGAAACAGGGAAGUUGGAAUUGGACGAUUUGGAGGUGCCGGACACCAUCACGGAGUGGGUGGGGUCAGCGGUGUGCAGUUCCCCGCUGGUGGGACUGGGCUUGUCCUCCCCUCAAUCCCUCAUCGUCUCCCAGCCCUUCAUACUCGACCUCAUUCUUCCCUAUUCGAUCAAGCUAGGGGAGAUCCUUCCCCUCCAGAUCUCCAUCUUCAAAUAUAUGGAACAUCCUCUCCCUGUCCAAAUUGAGGUGAAGGGAUCCGAGUCCUUCAAGGCGAACGGAGACACGGAGAAGAGCCUGUGCCUGGAGGGGCAAGGGAAGGAAGUCGUGACCUUCGAUCUCGUCUUCCUGAAACUCGGAGAGGUCAACAUCACCGUUGUGGCUCAAGUCGACCUCAGCUUCCCCGAUGAUUGCGGACCGAAAGGCAUUCUGGCCGUCAGGUUUGUCCCAAUCUCUCGAUAG